CUUUCCACCAUCCACCCUCAGCUUGGCGCUGUGCAUCACACGGCCUCAAACAACUGAUUAAUGUCGCUGUAGUUCUUUAUCACUUGGUUGUAAUUUUCACUGGACAACUCACGGCUGUCCUGUACGUUUAUUAACAACCCGCCGGCCCUUAACUUGACGGCUUGUUGUCUUAGAGGUAGAACCUCCGUCCACCCAGGAGCCAUUCAUAAAUAAGCCCUUGGAGGAAGGAGGAGGAAGGAAGCUGGCGUUUAGCUGCAUCUGAUUUCUCAUUCUGUGGACCGGAUGCGAGAGGCGAACUCGAGCCCGACAUUUUCGGGGACCGUGGCUUGGGCUCACGGCUGAGCUGAGUUGACUUGCCAUGGCUGACCCUUCAUGUGAUGGUCCGGACUUGCUGGAUGAAAACGAACCAAAGUGUUUGGUGCACUUAAAUCGAGCUUCUUGAGACUCUGGUUUCUUUUUUGUGACAUAAAACGUUGGUUGCUUGUCUUUUCAUUGAAUAAAUGAAAAUACGCGAAAGGUCCGUCCAUGCUGAUGGUGCAGUGAAUCAUGGCUGCUAAAGAGGAACUAUACGCCAAAGUGACCCCGCGGAGACAGCGCCAGAACCGGGCCGGCACCGUCAAACAUGGGUCUACUCUGGACGUGUUGUUGUCCAUGGGCUUCCCAAAGACCAGGGCCUUGAAAGCUUUGGUUUCGACAGGAGGGAAAAAUGUCCAAGCAGCUUGUGACUGGCUCUUUUCCCAUGUGGAUGACCCCUUCCUGGAUGACCCUCUGCCCAGAGAGUAUGUGUUGUAUCUGCGACCCAGUGGGCCGCUGCUGCAGCAGCUCUCUCACUUCUGGCAGCAGUCUCGCCUCUCGUGCGGCAAAAACAAGGCACACAACAUCUUCCCCCACAUCACCCUCUGCCAGUUCUUCAUGUGUGCUGAUGGGAAGGUGGAGGCUCUGUCUGAUGCACUCCAGUCCUCCGUGACCAAGUGGAAAGGUCGUAUCCCUAUGCCCCUCCCCCUGGAGCUGUACACCUCCUCCACCUUUAUUGGUCUCUUUGUGGAGGAACAAGUGGCCGAGGUGCUAAAGAGUUUUGCUGCGGAUUUUGCCAGUGAAGCAGAAAUGAAAGCAGAUGUGCAUGUUGAGCCCCAUAAGAAGCAACUGCAUGUCACGUUGGCAUACCACUUCCAAGGCAGCCAUCUUCCAAUCUUGGAGAAGUUGGCCAAGAACGUGGAUGUGUCGUCAGGCUGUGACUGGCUUGUCGUGCUCUUCUCUCGGGAUAUUCGCUUUGCUAAUCAUGAGACACUGCAAGUCAUGUACCCCUAUGUGCCUCAAAAUGAUGAUGAGCUUGAGCUGGUGCCUGGAGACUUCAUCUUCAUGUCUCCAAUGGAGCAAAGCAGUGCCAGUGAAGGCUGGGUAUACGGCACUUCGCUGGGCACAGGACUGUCUGGCCUGCUGCCUGAAAACUAUGUCAGUCGUGCUGAUGAGUCAGACACUUGGGUUGUCCAUGGGUCCCAUUCUAUUCUCAACUGUACCGCUCCGUCUAACUCUGGCAGCACACUUAGUGGAUUACUCUUUGAUGGGCAGCACACUGACAGUCUGCUUGACAGUCUGGUGGAUCCUCCCAGCCUCACUGGCCUCUGUCCUUCCAUGCAGGUAACACGGGCAGCUGGUCAUUCGUCUCAGUCCAAGAUGAGACUGUUUGUGUGUCGACAUGGGGAGAGGAUGGAUGUCGUUUUUGGGAAACACUGGGUGACUCAGUGUUUUGAUGCCAAAGGCCGAUACAUACGCUCAAAUCUCAACAUGCCAUCCAGCCUGCCAGCUAGAAGCGGAGGUCACCGGGACUAUGACAAAGAUUGUCCAAUUACUGUGUUUGGCUCCACUCAAGCCCGUCUUGUAGGUGAAGCACUGCUGGAAAGCCACACCACAGUAGACUUUGUUUAUUGCUCUCCUUCACUUCGCUGUGUCCAGACAGCUCAGCACAUUCUGCAGGGUCUCCAACAGGAGGGAAAGACAAAAAUUCGUGUGGAACCUGGACUUUUUGAGUGGACCAAGUGGGUUUCGGGCACAAGUUUACCAACCUGGAUCCCUCCAACAGAACUGGCUGCUGCUAACCUGAGUGUGGACACAACCUACAGACCUCAUAUUCCCAUUAACAAGCUGGUGGUGUCUGAGUCCUAUGACACCUACAUCAGCCGGAGCUUCCAAGUGACACGGGAAAUCCUGUCAGAGUGCAAAAACAUGGGAAACAAGGUCCUGAUUGUGGCCCACGCGUCGUCCUUGGAGGCCUGCACUCGCCAGAUACAAGGACUCAGCCCACAAAACUCCAAGGACUUUGUCCAAGUUGUGCGGAAGAUUCCCUACUUGGGAUUUUGUGCUUGCGAAGAAAUGGGGGAGACAGGUGUGUGGCAGCUGGUUGACCCGCCCAUCCUGCCUCUGACACAUGGACCCAAUCACAGCUUCAACUGGAGGGAGAUGCUCAUGCAAGACUAAAGACAAACAUGCCGCUUCAGUAUUUAUUUUUUAACCUUACUGCUUCAAAUCAAGCCCAAUGACACCAAAACAAAAAACAAACACGUCUGGCUUCCAUGCACGGCAUCUCGUCAGUCGGGUCACUGUAUUGAGGUGCACAGCUCAGGAAUGUGAAGAUUACAGCAAACAGUAUCUAGACUCAUUGAUUUUGUAUUCUCUUGCCCGCCAAUACACUGUGACAAGAUGCCAGAGACUUGUACUGCAGGAAUAUUUUUCCAAAAGACAGAAACUAUUAUUUGACUGGUGGCUCCAACUAUACUGGGGGGGGAAGCACAAAAGAAAUGUUAACAGGGAAGAACUGCUCUUCAUUGUUGAAAUGGCGGUAGUAGGUUGUCUAUUACACUUGUUUUUAUUCCACCAAAUGUCAUAUCAUUUGCCAUUCUAUUCCACCAACAGUUAUUAUCUCACGUGAGUCCACGAACAUUAGCGAUACCAUGCAGUUUUAAUAACCUCCACUGGAACUACUAAGUGAAAUUUUUGUGACAUUCAUUUUAGUUUUUGUGAAAUGUUGCCGGCACUGUUGGUGCUGCAGCCAUAAUGCUUUUCAAACAUUUUUUUUUAAUUUGUCACAUUUCAUUGAACUGUACAUUUAAUAUUAAGGAGAUCAUACAAGUUAUCCAUUCAUUUUCUACACCAAUUGUCCUCAAUAGGGUUGCGGGGGUAUGCUGGAGCCUAUCCCAGCCGUCUUCGGGCGAGAGGCGGGGUACGCUCUGGACUGGUCGCCAGCAAAUCGCAGCAUACAAAUUAUUUGUUUUACAAAUCAAAAUAUACUAUUGCUCUUGAAAAUGAAUAAAGCGAGUGGGUGGAGUUAUUUGGGCCUGCAUGUGAAGUACUUAUUUUUGUUUAUAAUUGGGGUGUUGAGAUUUGCGAGCAGAGCAGAGAGUGCUUCCAACUCAUUUUUGCUUGUAAUGUAUUGGUAAUUUCUGCAUGACCUUUGCUGUCAUUUCAAAGCUCGUCCAUGUAGCGUUCUUGCUGAUUGCUUCACAGGGGCCGUAACGGUGCACAGCAACGGUGCUCUUUAAAAGUGUGAAAAAAAAAAAAAGAAGCGGAAUCCAAAAAUAACAUAUUCAUCCAUGCAGGCAGCAUUCUGUUUUGGAAUAGUUUGACUUUUGUAAUAAGUCACAAAAGCUGCCCUAUCAUGUCCUUACUUUCAUUUAUGGAUAAUGGUUAUUGAUAAAGAAGAGUCAUCAAACUGUCAAGCAGCCAAGAAGGAUUAAUAAAACAUGAAGUCUGGAAUGACAACCACCUCUUCUCCUCCCAUAUCUCCUUCUAACAGUGCACAGAAUCCAUGACCCCGCUAGCAUUCAUUGGCAUUCAAUAACCUUCAUCCUUAAUGAUGGUUGCGACAGUUGAAUGAUUGGGGCCGAAAGAGCGUCAAUUUUGGUGGGUGGGGCGCCUCUCUGAGCUUUUUAUGAUGUAAUUUUGAUGUUCAUUUUUUUUUAUGUUAAUCUUCCAUGGUGAUUGCUCUCCUCUUUGGCGCACUGGGAGACAUAAUGAAGUCCAAAAAGUUCAUGAAUAAGCGAGCAGGCGCACACUGUAUUCAUUUGCCACGUGUAUUCUUCCGACAGUGCACGCCGUCAAUAGUUCUUGAGCAAGUCUUGUGUUUAAGGACCAAAAUUAAGUUUUCAAUUAAAUUAUGGGAUAUUUUGUUUUACAUUUUUUAAGAUUUGAAUGAUUUUGUAAUUUUGCGUUUAAUUUGUUGAUUGUGAUAUAAUCAGAAUUUUGAAAACUGACAAAGAUAUUAAGGAGAAAUAGCAACAAACUUAUCUGUGAACAAUUUAACAAUAUAUACAUACAAUAUCAACAGAAUAAAACAACUGUUGAAUUUUUAACAUACAAUUAUUUCAGCAAAAGAAAGUCAAUGGUGAAAAAUCAGUAAACAAAAGCAAAAACUACAAUUGGCUCUCAUUCACAGCCUCUGUUUUUUUACUCCCAAAGCCCUCCUGUGUCUAAGAAAGUAUUCCCUCAGUUAAAAUAUCGACGCUAUUGACAUUUGGAUCGAUCCACCACAUCUAAUGGACACUAAGCGAGUUGACAGGUAAUGGCACAAUUUCGUCACCUGCCCUUCUUCCAACCACUACAAAUCCCAUAUAGUAUUUGAAGUUCUCUUCUAGUAGAGGUGAGUUUGAGUGAAAAAUUGGUACCUUAGAUGAACUGGAAAACCUUCAGCAAAAAAAAGGCGGGGGGCGGGGAUUGGAACAUGCUUGCUAGCUAGCUUGCAAUAUUAGCUGAUUUAUGGCCUCGUACACACCUUGUUGUCAAAUAGUACCUUCCUUGCCAAGCAGUGACGGUUGUAACAGUGUUUUAUGAUUGAGUGCUUUCGGGUGGAUUAAAGCAAAUUGGUAUGGUUUACGUCGUAGUCAGAAGAGAAGAUUAAACUUUUGAAAUAAUGCUCCAAAUGCUCACCAGCCCAUUCGGUGAAGACAUUAUGCAAUGCUGCUAACAGUUGUAUUUUCAAAAUUACUGGAUGGAAUCACUGAAUAUCAGUCUAUACUAAUAAUACAUUCAUCUCAAUUGCAUAAAUAUAAACAACAAACGUACACUAUAAUAUGAUCAAGCUAUGUGAAGGAUGAACACUAGAUGGAGCUCCAUCCUGUCGUUCCCAAGUGAAUAGUCAACAAGUUCAUUUUAUGAGGACCAAAAGGUGCACAACGAUCAGAAAA